AUGUUAUGGAAAUUAACAGUUGUUUACUUAUGCCACCUGAUUCCGUACGGUCGGUUUCCCAAUCCUGAAUAACCCCUUUUUAGUCAGAACCGACACCACCCUUGAACCCCAACACACACCGACCGGGAUUCUGCACCAGUUUCAAGGAUACAGAACUCCUCGACCGUUUCCCGCCAAUGCCAACUUCAGUAAGCUUUUUAGAUAAAAUAAUAAGUGUUUUAGUGUACGCAUCCGUGUGGGCCAGCUGGUCAGCCUGGUCAUUCUGUGCUAACGGCGUACAAGUAAGAGUACGAGCAUGCAAUACUGUCAGAGGAUUCAGUUGCCUUGGAGCAAAUCGGGUAAACCUAAUUUUAAAAAUCUAAUUCUUCUUUUUAAUUAAUCCUAAAAAACAUAAAAUAAGGGAGUAUUGUUAAACAUUGUCAUUUUUAGGAAACAAAAGACUGCGAAAACCCAAGCCGUCCUCAGCCACUACCCCAGCCUGGUAAUCAGCUCCCUAGAAGACCGGUACAUACUGGGCGGCCAGACUAUGACACAAUCGACCCAUACGAUGACGACAGAAAAGAAGCCUUAAAACAACUUGGUCAAUAUUCUGACUACGAAGUUCCUGAACUAAAGAAUCAGAAGCCUCAACAAGAACUGAAACUACUUGGAGAAAAGACAGCUAAAGUGUUAACGCCCCAAGGCCCUUCGCGGUUAGAACGGCCAGAAGCUUCAGUUGAACCAUCUCAAGCUCCAAGUAUGCCACUUUUUCUAAUUAUUUUGGCUACAAUAUGUUUUAAUCUAUAUUAUGUUCUAAAAUUAUAUAAUCUUAUAGGCAUGACUCCAGAAAAGCUUUACGGAAAAGAAAAGAUAACUAAAGUUGCCCCGCAAAGCCGUACCACUUUGACAACUAAUUUUGCACCUUCAUCUACAUCUCCGCAGAUUGAAACAACACAAAGAGAACCAACGUCCUCCCUUCCUACUACGGUAGAACAAACAUAUCCCACAACAGGAGCAACCACCGCCCAAACUGAACAACUCACCCAAACUGUAGCAUUAGAGCCAUCUACCGUACAUUCCGCUGAAGUUGCUUCCAAUAUCAAGCUUAUAUCUACUGUAGACCAACAUUUCAAAGAACCCCCAUCAAAGACCACAGAAAUCGCAGCUGAAGCAACUGCGCCAGUUGCCGGCGUUGCUUCGAUUCACGAAGCACCUGUCGGAGACAUAAAUGAAGAGAACAUUGAAGUGUAAGUAACACAAGUUGAUUAAUAGAAAAUUUAGAAAACAACCUGGCCACUCCAAAAUCUCCAUCCCAGUUAGUCCAGUAAACACAGUAGUAAUCCAAGAAGACACUAGCGUGGUUCCAACUUCAAACCCUACAACAACAACAGUUCGUGUUACCGAAGCUACUACACAAAACAGUAAUGUAAGAUGCCGUGAACAUUAUGUAUAACUUUUAGAUUCUAAAUGCUGACACCUUCAAAGCUCUGGAAUGGAUGUUAAACAACAUGACAAACGCAGCAAAAACGGAAAACUCAAAGAAAGUGCACCAAAUGAAUCUGGAUUCAAACGUUUUGCAUUCAGGAGAAAUCAUAAAGACGCUAACCACUCCACCACUAGAACCACAGAAGUCGUUUGCUUCUCGUAUUCAUAAGAUACCAACUCCGUUGAUCGACAACGACCACGAAGAUGGCUUUGGUAAUGACAAACUACUCCAACAAGAACUGAUUCGACUGAAAUCAACCAUGGAUAAAGUCGAGUAUGAACUAAAAGAGCUGGAACAAGAAGAAUUUGAAUCCGAAAGGCCGACAUUUAACACUAAAAAGGCUACAGAAUUAAGCUUAAUUCCAUUAACGGCGCCUCGAUUAAAUCAACCAGAGAUGUUAGACAGCUCGGUCGAAGUGGUGGUGCAGAACCAAAGGGGUCAGUAAUCAUAUUUAAUAAAAUAUGAUUUAAACAAAAUUUUACUAAAAAUUAAAUUUUAGAAGCCUCGUGGAGCAAUUGGGGAGAAUGGGGCAACUGUUUAUGUGGCAAGCAAAUGCGAACGAGAACAUGUAAUUACGGCGUUUAUUCAGGAGGUAAUUACAACGUUUUAUGCUGAAAUUAAGCUUUAGGUUGUGUGGGACGAUCUUAUCAAUCCCGUCAAUGCCGAUCGUACGAUGACAGUUCCUGUCCCAUCACACAUUCACAUGAAAACGGCUUAGUUUCCACGUUACAUGACGGGUCUCUCGUGCGACGACAGCCAUGA